GCUUCCCUUCCCGAAGGAAAAAACAGGUCUCCCCAGAAGGAAAACUUGUUGCCUCUUCCUACGUGGGAUAUGGCUUUAAAACCUGGAGGUGUAGUGCCCAUCCCUGGCUCUCAGGAAAAAGGCAAGAAGCUGAGGGCCCAUGGGCGGGGUUGCCAGAUCAAAUAUAGGAUGCCCAGUUCAAUUUGAUUUCAGAUGAACCACACACAAUUAUUUUAGGGUAAGUGUUGUCCCCUCUUCUCCUGUCGUGAUCACCCCGAGAAAUGAAUAAACCCUCUAUCCCAAAUUCGGUUCAGAGGUGGAGGCUCUUGACAUCAUACACGGACCAAGAGGGUAUGCAAGGUUUAUGACACAUAUCGGAAGGUUUCUGGGGACAUCAGGGAAAAUAGGCUUCCCCAGCAGAUUCAAAGGUAACUGAGAGAGCGGGGGCCGGGGGCAGGUGCCUUGGGGUUUUGUGGUGAGGAAGGGUGGGGCUGAAGAGAAGGGGCUGGGCCUGCGUGGCUUGUACUUCCAGCUGGUACCAGAAGAGGGAGCUGCAGGGCUUACCUGUUUGCUCAGGUGUGGGCAGAAGAGCAGGAGGCCGUGAUGGGGCUUGAAAACUGUCAUCAGUCAACACAUCAAACAUGGAGUCAGACUCUUUGUCACAGAAUACAGCUUCCUGGAGAAGCUGCUGCCCCUUGAACUUGAUCCCAGAAUGAAAACGCAUGGAGCAGACCUCUCCUCAUCCCUCAUUCAGGAGUCAAACUCAGCUCUCCAUAUCAAGGAAUCGGCUGGAAGAGCGAGGAGAGAAAACCAGGGAAGCUACGAGCGCUUUUGGAAAGAUAUUAAAUUAAACAUGAAGAAAAGUAUUAUUAACACCCGGCAUUCUUUUGUAAACAUUCCCAAUGUAAUCGUACCAGAUAUUGAAAAGGAAAUAAGAAGGAUGGAAAAUGGAGCAUGCAGCUCCUUUUCUGAUGACGAUGAUAGUGCCUCUAUGUUUGAAGAAUCAGAGAGUGAAACCCCCCAUGGAAGGGAUUCCUUUAGGAGUAAUACAUAUGGAAAGGGACAACCCUCACAGAGGGAGCAGUACUUGCCUGGAGCCAUUGCACUUUUCAAUGUUAACAACAGCAGCAAUAAGGAACAAGAACCAAAAGAAAAGAAGAAAAAGAAAAAAGAAAAGAAGAGCAAGCUAGAUGAUAAAACUGAAAAUAAAAAGGACCCAGAAAAGAAAAAGAAGAAAGAAAAGGACAAAGACAAGAAAAAGAAAGAAGAGGAGAAAGGCAAAGAUAAGAAAGAGGAGGAGAAGAAGGAAGUCGUGGUUAUUGAUCCCUCAGGAAACACCUAUUACAACUGGCUGUUUUGCAUCACCUUACCUGUUAUGUACAACUGGACCAUGAUUAUCGCUAGAGCAUGUUUUGAUGAACUUCAGUCUGAUUACAUAGAAUACUGGCUCAUUUUUGAUUAUUUAUCAGAUAUAGUCUAUCUUCUCGAUAUGUUUGUACGAACAAGGACAGGUUACCUAGAACAAGGACUGCUGGUGAGGGAAGAGCUUAAACUCAUAGAUAAAUAUAAAUCAAACUUGCAAUUUAAAUUGGAUGUCCUAUCCGUGAUACCAACUGAUCUGCUAUAUUUUAAGCUGGGGUGGAACUAUCCAGAAAUUAGAUUAAACAGACUGUUGAGGAUCUCUCGAAUGUUUGAGUUCUUCCAGAGAACAGAGACAAGGACAAACUACCCAAACAUCUUCAGGAUCUCUAACCUCGUUAUGUAUAUCAUCAUCAUCAUCCAUUGGAAUGCGUGCGUGUACUUCUCUAUUUCCAAAGCUAUUGGAUUUGGAAAUGAUACGUGGGUCUACCCUGAUGUUAACGAUCCUGAUUUUGGCCGUUUGGCUAGAAAAUAUGUGUACAGCCUUUACUGGUCUACAUUGACUCUGACUACCAUUGGUGAAACACCACCUCCGGUGAGGGAUUCUGAGUAUGUCUUUGUGGUAGCUGAUUUCCUAAUUGGAGUGUUAAUUUUUGCUACCAUUGUCGGUAACAUUGGGUCUAUGAUUUCCAACAUGAAUGCGGCCAGAGCAGAAUUCCAAGCAAGAAUCGAUGCGAUCAAGCAAUACAUGCAUUUUCGAAAUGUAAGCAAAGAUAUGGAAAAGAGAGUUAUUAAAUGGUUUGACUAUCUCUGGACCAACAAAAAAACAGUAGAUGAGAAAGAAGUCUUGAAGUAUCUACCUGAUAAACUAAGAGCAGAAAUUGCCAUUAACGUUCACUUAGACACAUUAAAAAAGGUGCGUAUUUUUGCAGACUGUGAGGCUGGUCUCUUGGUGGAGUUGGUCUUGAAAUUACAGCCCCAGGUCUACAGUCCUGGAGAUUAUAUUUGCAAGAAAGGGGAUAUUGGACGAGAGAUGUACAUUAUCAAAGAAGGCAAACUUGCUGUGGUGGCAGAUGAUGGAAUCACCCAGUUUGUGGUAUUGAGUGAUGGCAGCUACUUUGGUGAGAUCAGCAUCCUUAACAUUAAAGGCAGUAAAGCUGGCAAUCGAAGAACAGCCAAUAUUAAAAGUAUUGGCUAUUCAGAUCUGUUCUGUCUCUCGAAAGAUGACCUCAUGGAAGCUCUAACCGAGUACCCAGAUGCUAAAUGUAUGCUAGAAGAGAAAGGGAAGCAAAUCUUGAUGAAAGAUGGUCUGCUGGAUAUCAAUAUUGCAAAUGCUGGAAGUGACCCUAAAGAUCUAGAAGAGAAGGUCACCCGAAUGGAGGGGUCAGUAGACCUCCUGCAAACAAGGUUUGCUCGGAUCCUGGCUGAGUAUGAGUCCAUGCAGCAGAAACUGAAGCAAAGACUAACAAAGGUUGAGCAAUUUCUAAAGCCACUUACUGACCCAGAAUUUUCAGCUAUUGAAGGAUCUGUAGUUGAAAGUGGGCCCACAGACUCAACACAGGACUGAAAAGCGGGCUCUUCAUAAGGACAUGUCUCAUGAUCCUUUUGAUGAUGGGAUGAAGGGAACGGUAAAUUGGAAGAAGAGGAAGAAUCAGCUGGGAACUUUUCCAUAAGGAAAAUGUGCUUUGGUGCAGGGCUCAGGGCCAUGCACUCACUUGUGAGGUACUGUGUCUAAAAAUCUCACCCCACUUAGAAUUUUUCACAAUGGACAAUGAGCAAAGAUAUGAGCCACCUAACUUGUCAGUAUCUGUAUCUUCUAAUUUUUUUUCACAUGUGCUCCUUUUAUGCAACACUCUUAUAACAGUGAACAAGUAUCCCCACGUUCAGGCAAUUUAUAUUGUGGAGGAACAACUGGGAAUUACCAUGUAUGUCACGUUCAGGAUACCAUGAUAAAACACUAGAAUGCAAUAAAGUAAAAUCUAAAA